AUGCUUUCACCCCAGCCUUCUCAACCGCCACCCGUUCCCUACUAUCCUGGACCUCCCACCCAGGAAGGCAAAGUUACUUACUGGAACCUCUUUCUUGAGACAAGCCCAAAUGAGGAUAACCAGCACGAGUUUCGAGUAUUCCUAGACAACGCCGUGAACAAGUACGACAUGAAAGUCGCAGCUUCUAUCAUCAGACUUGCCCAAAGCUUCAAAUGCAGCGAAGAAUUCUUCAUCAGCAUCGCUGGCCCACAAGGAGGCCAUCGAAUGUUCGUGGAGUCUGUGCUGGAGACAGUACCAGAUCUAGAGGACGCCAAAGGUGAAGAAUGGGACAGGGCCUACGAGGAAGCCUUCCCGUUCGGACACACGGCCCAGGGUAUUUUGUACGGCAAGCUCUACGGGCUGAACAAUCGGAGUGGCUGCCAGAGGAGCAACUGGCGGACCCGCAGCUCUCGCCAGUAG